AUGGCAGAUGACGCCGGUGCUGCGGGAGGGCCCGGAGGCCCGGGGGGCCCUGGAAUGGGAGACCGCGGUGGCUUCCGUGGAGGCUUCGGUAGUGGUGUCCGGGGCCGGGGUCGUGGCCGAGGUCGGGGCCGGGGCAGAGGCCGCGGAGCUCGCGGAGGCAAAGCCGAGGACAAGGAGUGGCUCCCCGUUACCAAGCUGGGCCGCCUGGUCAAGGACAUGAAGAUCAAGUCCCUGGAGGAGAUCUACCUUUUCUCUCUGCCCAUCAAGGAGUCUGAGAUUAUUGACUUUUUCCUGGGAGCAUCCCUCAAGGAUGAAGUUUUGAAGAUUAUGCCCGUGCAAAAGCAGACCCGUGCUGGCCAGCGGACCAGGUUCAAGGCAUUUGUUGCCAUUGGGGAUUACAAUGGACAUGUCGGUCUGGGUGUCAAGUGCUCCAAGGAAUUUGCCACUGCCAUCCGUGGGGCCAUCAUCCUGGCCAAGUUGUCCAUCGUCCCGGUGCGAAGAGGCUACUGGGGGAACAAGAUCGGCGAGCCCCACACAGUUCCUCGCAAGGUGACUGGCCGCUGCGGCUCCGUGCUGGUGCGCCUCAUCCCUGCCCCCAGAGGCACUGGCAUCGUCUCCGCCCCUGUGCCAGAGAAACUGCUGCUGAUGGCCGGCAUCGACGACUGCUACACUUCUGCCAGGGGCUGCACCGCCACCCUGGGCAACUUCGCCAAGGCCACUUUUGAUGCCAUUUCCAAGACCUACAGUUAUCUCACCCCUGACCUCUGGAAAGAGACGGUGUUCACCAAGUCUCCAUAUCAGGAAUUUACUGACCAUCUUGUGAAGACCCACCCCAGAGUCUCCGUGCAGAGGACCCAGGCCCCAGCUGUAGCCACCACAUAA